AUGUUGGUUGCGAUCAGCCUGCUCGCCGUGUUGGCGACAGCUCAUGCUGUUCCUACAAAGUCAAACCCUGCAGUCAAGGUUCUGAACGGAACGUAUGUGGGAAUCCACAAUGCGGAGUACAACCAGGACUAUUUUCUGGGCAUGCCAUAUGCCCAACAACCGUUGGGUAAUCUGCGAUUUACCGUUCCGCACUCGUUGAAUGAGAGCUGGAAAGGGACGCGAGAUGCUAAAGAAUACUCGGACAUUUGCGUCGGAUAUGGAACGGACUCGAUCUGGUAUCCUCAGUCCGAAGCUUGUCUCACCAUCAAUGUGAUCCGGAGCUCGUCCGUGACGGAUGACUCGAAGCUGCCCGUUGCAGUCUGGUUGCAUGGUGGUGGGUUCUAUAUGGGAUCUGGAUCGGAUGAGCGCUAUAACAUGUCAAGGAUGGUGCAGAACUCGUAUAAGAUUGGUAUUUCCUCCGUGCCCUUUCAUACAAUCCAAACUGAUCUCGUCGAAACAGGUAAACCGUUCAUCGGGGUAACGCUCAACUACAGACUCUCGGCCUGGGGCUGGAUAAGUUCAAGCCAGGUCUGGGGUAGCGGGAACACAAACCUGGGCUUACGAGACCAGAGACUAGCUCUACACUGGGUCCAGGAGAACAUUGCCGCGUUUGGUGGUGAUCCUUCGAAAGUCACAAUCUGGGGCGAGUCCGCAGGCGCCAUGUCAGUCGGUUGUCAUCUCACGGCAUACGGAGGACGAGACGACAAGCUCUUCCGGGCCGCGAUUAUGGAAUCUGGCGGUUCCAUCGCAGCCAGCCCGUCAAACUAUACUACGUUCCAAACUACCUAUGACGAACUUGUAUCUCGCGUGAACUGCACAGAUACAGUGGACACACUGCAGUGCCUGCGCGAAGUCCCUUUUACCACUCUCAACGCUGUUCUGAACGGGACUGGCGGCUCCUCCACAUAUAAUUUCUGGCCGGUGCUGGACGGCGAUUUGAUUCGGAACUGGGGCAGUAUUCAGAUGAAUAAGCAUGAAUUUGUCAAGGUUCCGAUUCUUGCGGGUAGUAACACAGACGAGGGGACUGCCUUUGGUCCUACGGGUAUCAACACUACCCAGCAGUGGUAUGAAUAUUUAACUGAUGGGGGAUUCGAUUUUCAAACGCCACCGUCCGUCGCCCGUGAAAUUCUUAACCUCUAUCCUGAUAUCCCGUCGCUGGGGAUCCCCGCGUUCCUGGGCGAUGAACGUGUACCAGCUCAGGGCUGGGAGUGGCGACGGACCAGUGCCUUUGCGGGCGAUUUCGCCAUGCACGCGAACCGGCGCCGGCAGUGCGAAGCCUGGACAGAAACAUCCACCCCGGCAUAUUGCUAUCGGUUCAACGUACAUGCAGCGGACACACCGCUCAUCGUUGGGGCAACCCAUUUCGAGGAAGUGGCGUUUGUGUUUAAUAACAUCAACGGACUAGGAUAUCACUACGGGAAACCAUUCGCCGGGGUUCCGCAAUCGUACUAUGACCUCAGUGCGAUGAUGACGAGUAUGUGGGCCUCAUUCAUCCACGAUCUGGACCCCAAUCCAGGGACUGUAAACGCCUCGGUACAUUGGGAUCCCUAUGGAGCGGAACGCCCGAUUGACCUCUUUCUGGAUUCGAAUACGACUAGCCGAAUGGAGGCCGAUACAUGGCGCAAAGAACCAAUCGAGUAUCUCAAUUCAGUGGCUGAGACUUUUUGGCGGUAG